AUUUUUAAGAGCCAACAAAUCAGAUUGCCGAGCCUCCCCAUCACCUUGCGAGAACCUGAGGCUCGCCACCAAAAAGGAACAGCUCUACCUCUUCAACCAAAGCUUAGCCGUGCACCAUCUUGGCCUGCGGAAUAAACCAGCCAGCAAAGAAGGUGGUGAUUUCCCUCACCACCUGUUACUGGCUAAGGAAGUCGGCAGUCGAAUGAAGCCGCAAGAGGAGUGGGAAAACCAAGCGGCCAUCUUGGAACUUCCGGGGGCUGUCUUGUACAUGAAGGACCAUCAUUUGGAGAACAGGCUGCAGCUGCUGAACAGCUCGGAGAAGCUCCGGUGUUUCUUGAUGCAGCAGGAAGGGAAAGGAAGAAGCGAGGAAAGUUCAGAUGAGACUUGGAGUCAGACCCUUUCCCUAUCCCUGAGCGUCGGCAAAGAAGGGAAAAAGGAAAGACUCUGUCCAGAAGACUCGGUGGAUGAUACACUAGAGCAGCGGUUCCAGGUCAACAGAGAAAACCCGGACCGAGGAGAGGAAGCCACAUCUGUGCAGGACCAUGCCACGGAAGCACCUCUGGAUUUAUCGGAUUACGGAAGGGGGAGAGAAAGUGGCUCCAACUGGCACCAUCGGUCCUCAGUGAAACACGAAAGGCGAAGUCCAGGCGGAGAUGAGAAUGAGGACUCCGUUGCUCAGAAAACCUCUUGGUCCAGUUGGCUUGGUAGAACCCAGAAACACCAUUACGGGAACCAACAAUGGGAACAAUUCACGGCCGGAGCCAAGGAAAAUACAGUAGUUUCUCCGGUAUCUUUGCUACGAGAACCUGCCACGACCAAGACAUCUUCACAGGAUUCCACUGCUGACACAGAAGUCAAGAUGCCUUUUCGAGUGGAAAAUCAGGACCCGGAGAGGCCAGGUAACGGUGAUUCUGACUCCCUAAACGAUGACUCUGAUGAGACAGCUGUAUCCGAGAGUGAG